AUGAAAAAUUUAUCUGGUGAAAGAGAUGAACAUUGCCUUAAGGGAAAAUACAUGUCGGCCAACGAUCACGUGAGAAAUUGGCAUUUGAAAAAAACAACAAAAAUCGAUGGAACAAACGAUAAUAAUCAUCAUCAUCAUUACUAUCACGUGAGAGGACAAGAAAAAGGAGGAAAACAUCACGAAAGUGAAAAACAAUGUAAAUUGAUAGAAUCGCCGCGUAAAAAAAAACACAACGAACAUGGUAAACAUCAAAGGAAAAUAUUAGGUUGUUUGGAUGGUAAACAAAGGGGUAAAAAACAAUACAAAACGACUAUGACGACGAGAUGGGGAGAUUCGUGCGAUACGAAAACGGGUGAUAAAACAGGUACGACGAAACAAGAUAAAGACACGACGACGGGAGAAUACGUAUGGCUGAAUAAAAAUAAAAACGACGCGGGAGCGGGGAAAAGCGGAAAUGGGAAAAAUUUCAGUAGCACGUGGGAUCACACGAAUUAUUCGAUACUACCCUUUAACAACAUACAUAACAAAUACGAUAAAAAUUAUUUCGUUAAAGGAAAUCAUCAUCAUCAUCAUCACAAUAAUCAUCAUCAUCAUCAUUCAAAAAAUAUCAACAAGAGUGAAAGAGUGAGAAAAAUGAGGAGCAAAUCAGCAAAUCGUAACGAUGUUAAAUACGAUUUGAAACAAAAUAAACACAACAUCGGAAAAGAUAUGUAUCAUCAUCAUCAUAAUCACAUGCAUAAGAAAAACAAACCGAGAAAAGAAAUGGAUUAUUUUCAUUGUAAAAACAUGCCGACGAAAGAAGAUGGUAGGAGGAGGAGGAGGAGAAACGACGACGAACUCAACAAUAAUCAAACGAUAAUCAUAUAUCAAAGACACAAUAAGAAAAAUUACAUCGGUUCCGAAUUCGAAAACGAUUACAGACUAGAAAGUUUUUCCUACACGGAAAAUUGUGGGAAAACGCUCGUGGACUCAUCGUAUCCGUCCAAGAGAAGUUUAUCCGAACCUAGAAAAUCUCAAUUCAAUCACGCUCAAUAUUGCGCGAUAUCGUCGAAUAAGAAAAAUUUAGAUUUUCAUUCGUCGAUUGAUUUUUUCAGCAGCAACGGUGCUCAGGGUAUUGAAUUUCAUCACGAUGGACUCGCGACGGAAAACCCGGGGAAAAAUUUCGACAAAUCGAAAGAUUUGACUCAUCGUUUGACCGAGUACAUGGUGUCGAACGAUAUCAAAAACGAUAAGAAAAUAUUCAAGUACGCGGCGUCCAACAAGGGAAUACUCGAGAAGAGAUUGAAAGAUGCCGCGAAUAAAAAAUUAGAUUUGCACCGGGAAAUGAUGAGAUUGGAUCAAAUCGAUAAAAUGAAAUUUUGGGAAUCGAUAAAACAUUCUCUGAAUUAUAGAUGCGCCGUCGCCGACAUGUUUUCCGCGAGAUCGUUUUUAAGCUCGCAAGAUCGUUCGGGUAAUUAUUAUUCGAGCACGGAAAAUUCCACGGAAAUUUUCUUCAGAGGGAGCAUCAUUGAAAAAAUAUCGAGUUAUCAAGAAUUUCACAGGAUCAAAACAUCCGAUCAUUUGACGAGAAAUCGAGAUAUCGAAAGUUCGAUGUCGCCGUAUGCGAAUUUAAAAUGUAAUCGAUUGCAAAAUAUCGAAGCGUUUUUACUCGCGAACGAAAAAGAUCUCGACGAUAAAUUACUGUCGAAAAAUAAUAAUAAUAAUAAUAAUAAUAGUAAUGGUAGUAAUAAUAGUAAUAAUAAUAAUAAUAAUAAUAAUAAUAAUAAUAAUAAUAAUAAUUAUCAUCAAUAUAAAAAUACGGAAUCCGCAUCGAGUUUCACGAGCGUGAGCUGUCAAAAUCUUUUACAAGCAAGCGCGAAUUCGAGUUUUCUACUGCACAAUUCGCGUGAGAAAUUUUCACUCAUGGAAAACAAUUUAACGAAUUCAUCGUCGGAAUUACGAUUUCUCAUGGGUAAACUCUCGGGAGAAAUAAAAAAAUGCACGAAUUUCCUACAGGAAUUACAUAAGAAGGGUAAUAACAAUAAUAGGAUAACGUUAAAGGAAUCCGUGAGCGAAAGUGAUUUUUUCAACGAGAGAAAAAAAACGAGGUUCGAAGAGAGGAAAAAAAAAGGUUGCGAAUUUUCCGCUUUCCCGAUAAUAUUAUAUCCCGCGGCGGAUAGCGCGACAAACUUGGAUGCGGGUUUCAAAUUGAAUAGAAAUAAAAAACUCGACGACGAGAAUUACAAACAAACGAAAUCCGAUGGAAACGAUGGAAAAGUGGUAAAAUCGACGAGGAUAAAUGACGAAGUCAAAGUGGAAAACGAAAUAGUUAAAAAACAAAUACAACCGGAGAAAAGUUCGGAUGCGGCUUUUCUAAAUGAAGAUUUCGAAGAGAGACACACGAGCAAGAGUAAUUUAUCGUUGAAAUCAUUUUCCGUCGAUAAACAAAUCGCUGAAUUGGAUGAAAAAAUAAAAGAAAGGGAAAAGGAAAAGGACAGGGAAUGGGAAAGGGAAAAGGAAAGGCAAAGAGAAAGGGAAAGGGAAAGAGAAAGGGAAAGGGAAAGGGAAAAGGAACAAGAAAUGGUAAAACCGGCAAAUUUUAAAGUUCCAUCGGCGAAAAUACAAAAGGAUACGCGGCUCAAAAGAAUCGAAUCCUGUUGCGAAGAUUGUAAAAUUCUAACGAAAAGAAUAACGAAGCUGGAAAAGGAAUUGCAAAGGAUCGAAAAUAAGGUUCACUUGUAUCCGAUAAAACAUAAGAAAUCGUUUAAAAAUUGUUUGGAAAGAAUAAAAGGUACGUCGGAAACCAUGCUCACGAGGUUAAGCUCGUGGUCGAGAUUCACAGGAGGUUGCGGAAGCGGGAAAAGUGGCGGCGGUGCUGGUGGUGGUGGUGGUGGUGCUGCGGCACCGUCGUCAUCAAAAAAAGUCGAUAAAAAAGAAAAAGUACCAUCUAGGAGAACAGCAUCCGCUCCCGAAACCGUCCUACAAAAGGAAAUGUUUCGAGUUUUAUCCGUUAGGAAAAGCGAAAGCAAUUGCGAUUUGAACGUCGGAAUGGAAAUAAGAAUGGAAAAUGUGGAUCCGGUAACGGGUAAAAAACUUUACCCGGAAGUUAAUCCGAAAACGAAACAGGAAGGAAACAUACAGUGUAGAUUAUAUAAAAACAACGACGCGCCCGUUAUGAUCAUGGAUACGGAUUUUUCAUACAAUCCCGUUUCAGGUAUGCUAUUUAAAAAAAGGGAGAGUGAUAAAUUGGAAAAAGGAGGUGAAUCCUCUCAAAGUGAUUAUUAUUCAAAUUCAACGAAAAAAUUAGCCAAUUUUCGUAAACAGCAAUACAAAAACGAUAAAGAACGUAUGAGUUUGAGAAAGAAAUCAUCGAUAACGGUCGCCAUGGAAUGCGAUAUGGGUAAUCAAACGUGUUUUUCAUCAAAACCUAAUUUAACGUUGAAAAGAGAAAAGAGUAAAAAAUUUAAAGAUGCGAGUUGCAUGGUUUUACCCGUGAAAGAAUCACCAAUAUCGUUCAAUAAUAAUAAUAAUAAGGUAACGGAAGAUGAUGAUGAAAAAAUCAUAAUAGUUCGAGAAGAUGAAACGGUCGACGAAUAUAACAAAAUCGAUGGAAAAUACAAGAAGAAAAAAACGACGACGGCGACAACGACAACGACAGCAAUGACAGCGACAGCAAUGACGGCGACAGCAACGACAGAGACAGCAACGACAGCGACAGCAACAACAGGUAUGGGAAAAGAAGAAAUGCAAAACGAAAUCCCACUCGACGAUUUCGAAUUUAUAAUACCGUCGAAAAGUACAAAAUCGAAAAAAUCGAUAAAAAUCGAUAAAAUCGAUUACGAUGAUAAUAAUUCAGAGGAUAAAGAUUCGAUAUCGAUGGAUAAAUCGAUAACGCCCACGACUACGACAGCGACGACAACGACAACAGCAGCAGCUGCGGCAGUUACGACGACAACAAUAAACGAAGAAAUAGAUGAAGAAAAGCCAAAGAUAAAAUUUAAAAAUAUAUUUAAAAAAGACAAUGUGAAAAAAUCCCGAAUCCCGAGAAGAAGAAAGGAAAGUCUCAAUAAAACAGAAAUAAUUUCGUCGAAAAGUAGUUUCGUGUCAAUAACAAGAUCAGAAGGUGGAACAAUACCAACACCAGUACUCUACACAAAGGGUACGCAAACAACGUGUAAGCGAAUUUUAGUCAAACAACCGAGAAACGUUGAUUCGGAAACGCAAACGCAAAAAUUACAACAACAACACGGCGUGUGCAACAAACAAAAACACAACGGAAUGCAAGCAAGUGCGGAAACGGUGACGAAAUGCGUGCAAACGGAUAAAAGGAAAAACAAUCAGAGUAGCACGGAAACGUUUUGGAUAUGCGACGACGAUAGGUCGUCCAUAUUGGAAAUGAGUAAAGAAUCGCAAACGGAUUUCGCGCCGACUUAUCCGACCGUCGUCAACAUAGCCAUACAAACGAAUCUAGAUGAUGAGAAAUCGAGUAAGAGAUCGAGUGUCGGACUUCAAACGAAUUUACCAACGGAAGAAACAUUGAGAAUAAUGAACGAUUUGAAAACUCAGAAAAAAGUCAAUUUGGCCAUUGCCGAAUUGUGUUUUCAUUUAACGUCGAAAGAAAGGGAUGAUGUUUAA